UAAAUUCUGUGUGGCCUAGGUGCAAUGGUACUUUCAUUAGCAGAGCUAUCCUUGUGAAACAGAAAAUAAUUGACAUUGUUCUUCUGGGAAACAUAUUUGGGUAGGGAUGCAACUGGGUAGUCUUACUUUCUUUUUCUUUUUCAUCUUCAGUUUGCUUCUGCCACAGUACGGCGCUGAAGUAUAUAAAAUAACUCAUUCACAUCCAUUAGCAGAGAAACAAACUCUAGUCUCUUCUGGCCUAAUAUUUGAAUUGGGCUUCUUCAGUCCUAAUAGUUCUGCUAACAAGUAUUUGGGAUUGUGGCACAAAAGUAUAUUUCCCCGUAAGUAUGUAUGGGUGGCUAACAGAGAUAAUCCUCUUGCAGAUACAGACACCUUGGCUACCUUGAGAAUUAGCAUCAAUGGGAAUCUGGAGCUCGUAGAUGGGAAACAGAGUUCUGUCUGGUCAACCAAUAUAUCUAAUUGUUCAUCUGCAGUUCUCUUAGAUAAUGGAAACUUUGUCGUCAAAGAUGUCAUGGGAGCUGAUAUGUGGGAGAGUUUCAAUAAUCCUACUGACUCACUUCUGCCAAGCAUGUUGAUGGGAUAUGAUAGUGGUUCUGGAAAACAGAAUUUCUUGACAUCUUGGAAAAGUGAGAAUGAUCCAUCACCAGGGAUAUUCUUGGUUGGACUUUCAGCAGAGGUGCCACCACAAGUGUUCAUUUGGAUUAAUGGAUCUACUCCCCACUGGAGAAAUGGGCCAUGGGAUACAUCAAGGUUUAUUGGUGUACCCACAAGGAAAUCUCAGUAUAUUAAUCCAUUUACUCUUGUUGAUAAUGUGACACAGGGAACAAGGUAUUUUUCUUACGGUUUUAACAAAAUAGGUGACAAAGUUCUUGCAUAUUUCGACAUAUCUUCCGAAGGAAAACUGAGCUUUUUGUUUUCAGAAAGUGGCAAGAACUGGCGUCUUAACUGGGAGUCAUGGACAAACCCAUGCGAUAAUUAUGGCGCCUGUGGACCUUUUGGGGUUUGCAUAGCUUCUGACUCUCCAAUCUGUAAGUGUUUGAAAGGGUUUAUACCAAAGUCAAAUGAAGAGUGGAGCAAAAGAAACUGGACUGGAGGUUGUGUGAGACGAACAGAUUUGUCUUGUGAGACACACACAAAUGAAUCAGUCUCAUCAUCAAACAGAAAAGAUGGGUUUUUAAAGUUGGAGAGAUCGAAAGUACCCGAUUUUCAUCAAUAUUUGACUUCUUUGGCUCUAAACAGUUUUGAGGACUGCAAGAUAAAGUGCCUGAGUAAUUGUUCUUGCCUAGCUUAUGCUUAUGUUGAUAUCCUAGGGUGUUUGGUCUGGUACAAAGAACUUAUUGAUAUUCAGCAGUUUCCAUCUCUUGGAGAAGAUCUUUAUAUCCGCCUAGCAGACUCAGAACUAGGUGAAGGAAAACCAGUAAAGUUAAUUGCCAGCGUUACAGCUAUUGGAUUUAUGAUGAUCAUCUUGGUGGCUAUAGUCUUCAGUUUGCACCGGUGGCAUGCUAAUCAAAAGCGACAUGUCAAAUUAACAACAAGGCGUUUGGAAUCAGCUAAUUUGAUUGAAAUUUAUAGAGACGAUCUUCAAGAAUAUAUGGAAAAACAUAAUCUGUCGGAGCUAAAGAUAUAUGAUUUUGAUAGCAUAUUAAUAGCCACAGAAAACUUCAGCAUCAGAAACAAACUCGGGCAAGGAGGCUUUGGCCCAGUUUAUAAGGGGAUGCUACCAGAAGGGAAGGAAAUAGCUGUGAAGAGACUAUCUAGUAGCUCAGGACAAGGUGUUGAAGAGUUCAAGAAUGAGAUGCUAUUGAUCUCCAUUCUUCAACACAAAAAUCUUGUUAGGAUCAUGGGUUAUUGUGUUAAAGAGAAUGAGAAGUUACUUAUUUACGAAUUCAUGCCUAACAAAAGCUUGGAUACUUUCCUAUACGAUUUAAGGAAGAGAGCAGUGCUUGAUUGGACUACACGCUUUAAUAUUAUUCAAGGUGUUGCUAAAGGUCUUCUUUACCUCCAUCAUGAUUCCUAUGUGAAGGUGAUUCAUAGAGAUCUAAAAGUCAGUAACAUCCUCUUGGAUGAGAGAAUGAAUCCAAAAAUUUCAGAUUUUGGAUUAGCACGCAUAGUUGAAGGAACACAGUGUCUAGAAAAUACUCAGAAGCUUGUGGGAACACGUGGCUAUAUAUCUCCGGAGUAUGCUAUGAGUGGGAUAUUUUCUGAAAAAUCUGAUAUCUACAGCUUUGGGGUCUUGGUAUUGGAGAUUGUUAGCAGCAAGAAGAACAAUAGCUUCUAUUUAUAUGACCAACAACUUGGCUUCCUUGCCUAUGCUUGGAACUUGUGGAAUGAAGGCAAGGCAUUGGAGUUAGUAGAUGAAGUUUUGGGUGAUUCAUACUCCUCAUCAGAAGUUAUGACUUGCAUGCAUGUUGGGCUUCUUUGUGUACAGGACAAUGCUACAGAUAGACCAACAAUGGCGGAUGUAACUUUAAUGCUAAACAGUGAGAAAGAUGGUCCACAUCCAAAGAAACCUGUAUUCACUAUCCAAAACUCCGUUAAUCAACCAUCCGAUGAAAAUAUUAAUUCCUCCAAAAAUGAAGCCAGCAUUACAAUGAUCGAAGGACGUUAAGCGACAGCAAAUUAUUACAUCACAGUGCAAUAAUUAACUUUUGGUCCUUCUCAUGGGUUGUUAUACAUAUUGAAGGUUUUCUUUUUGUUGUAGAUAACAAUCCUUUCUCUUUGGGUAGGUAGUGUAUAAAGGUUAUUUUCAUUGAGAAGGUGCAUGAUAGACUCAACUUGGGAGAUAAAAGGGAAAGACAAGAAUGUUAAGGAAAUUGCAUA